GUGGAGCCGGGGCUCGGGCGGACCCUCCACUCCCACCUCCACCCCGGGCCUUCCGCGUCCGCACAGGGUGGCGCAGAGCCGGUGUGCAUGGUGCACCCCGAUCGCGGCCACCGCUGAGCGCCCGCGGGGCCCCCCGCAGCUGAAGCGGCCGCGCCAUGGUGGCGCACGGCGGCUUCCUGCUGCGCGCCCUGGCGCUGCUGCUGUGGGGCGCUCGGGACGCCGCGGAGCCUGCGGAGCGCGGAGCCCCGGAGCUGCGCCAGGAGGCGGAGGCCUUCCUAGAGAAGUAUGGUUACCUCAAUGAGAAGGUUUCCAGAGCUCCAGCCUCCGUUCGAUUCAGCAAUGCCCUCAGAGAGUUCCAGUGGGUGGCACAGCUCCCUGUCAGCGGUGUGCUGGAUGAGCCCACUUUGCGCCAGAUGACACGUUCCCGCUGCGGGGUGGCCGACACCGGCAGUCAGGCAGCUUGGAGGGAGAGGACCAGUGUCUUGUUUGCUGGACCCCAGGCCAAAAUGAGACGCAAGAAACGCUUUGCCAAGCAAGGUCACAAAUGGUACAAGCAGCACCUCUCCUACCGCCUGGUGAACUGGCCUGAGCAGCUGCCUGAGCCCGCCGUGAGAGGGGCCGUGCAUGCUGCCUUCCAGUUAUGGAGCAACGUCUCAGGACUGGAGUUCUGGGAGGCCCCAGCCACGGGCCCCGCUGACAUCCGCCUCACCUUCUUCCAAGGGGACCACAAUGAUGGACUGAGCAACGCCUUCGAUGGCCCAGGGGGCGCUCUGGCGCACGCCUUCCUGCCCCGCCGCGGGGAAGCGCACUUCGAUGGAGACGAGCGCUGGUCCCUGAGCCGCCGCCGGGGGCGCAACCUGUUCGUGGUGCUGGCGCACGAGAUCGGCCACACGCUGGGCCUCACCCACUCACCUGCGCCCCGCGCCCUCAUGGCGCCCUACUACAAGAGGCUGGGCCGAGAUGCGCUGCUCAGCUGGGACGACGUGCUGGCAGUGCAGAAUCUGUAUGGGAAGCCCCUGGGGCGCUCAGUGGCCAUGCAGCUCCCUGGAAAACUAUUCACUGACUUUGAGGCCUGGAACCCACACAACUCCCAGGACAGGCGCCCUGAAACACGGGGUCCUAAAUAUUGCCACUAUUCCUUUGAUGCCAUCACUAUAGAUGGGCAACAGCGACUGUACAUCUUUAAAGGGAGCCACUUCUGGGAGGUAGCUGUUGAUGGCAAUGUCUCAGAGCCCCGCCCACUACAGGAAAGGUGGGCUGGGCUGCCCCCCAACAUUGAAGCUGCUGCAGUGUCACUGGACAAUGGUGACUUCUACUUCUUCAAAGGGAGUCGAUGCUGGAGAUUCCAGGGGUCCCAGCCAGUAUGGAAGUCUUCACAGCUGUGCCGAAGAGGGGGCCUGCCCCGCCACCCCGAUGCAGCCCUCUUCUUCCCACCUCUGCGACGCCUCGUCCUCUUCAAAGGUGCCCGCUACUAUGUGCUGGCCCGAGGGGGGCUGCAAGUGGAGCCCUACUACCCUCGCAGCCUGCAGGACUGGGGUGGAGUCCCUGAGGAGGUGAGCGGUGCUCUACCCAGGCCUGAUGGCUCCAUCAUCUUCUUCAGAGAUGACAGCUAUUGGCUCCUUGACCAAGCUAAGCUGCAAGUGACCACCUCAGGCCGCUGGGCCACCGAACUGCCUUGGAUGGGCUGCUGGAAUGCCAACUCAGGGGGUGCCCUGUUCUGAUGGCACUUCACCCCAAAUGAACCACUGGUGCCUUCCUGCCCAACCCUGCCCUAGGGGCAGAGCCUAUCUAAGAAGCCUCAGCCUCUCUGGAGGCAACAGUGGGAAGUUAGCAGAACACAUGUGUUCCCUGGAGAGCCUGGUGUCUCAGGAGAAACCAAAAGAGUCCCUUUCCCCAGAGGCUUCUCUCCUCCCUCGGCCUUGGGAAUUGUGUUUCUUCUGUUGAAGGUGAAGUUCCUUCGAGGAGGCAAUACUGCUGGAAUCCAGCGAGGGAGGCUGCCAAAACUUCACAGAGGGGUGAGGAGUAUUUUACAAGACUGCCCUGCCUCCUUAGGGCCUGUGGCUCAGUUCUUGAGUGAGUGGGUACAUACACAUACACACACACACACACACACACACACACACACACA